GUAAUUUCAUCAACAAAUAAGAAAUUUCGUGUUAUGUUUCAUGUUAGUGGUGAAAUCUAAUGUUGUUGGCAAUGAAUUUCUGAAAUUCAGUUAAAAAAUUUCAAACUUUAUGUAAAAGUUUUUCUUUUCUUAAGGAAUAUAAAAUAUAAGCUUAGUAUGUGAACAAUAUUUUGUAAAUGACAAAAACAUUCCGUUUCACUCUGGAUAUCGAUUCUUAUAUUGAAAUUUAUCACAAUGUAUUCUCACAGUAACUCACAAAAUCAAAUUUGUGGUGUAUUAAUAGAAAAUUGCCUUCUAAAAGAUGGCAAGGGUUUAAAAACCAGAACUGCCUUUAUUGGAAACAUGGUUAAAAUAUUAGGAUCCCUAGACAGUGGGGAAGUAUUUAUUAAAAUUUUGAAGGAUAACGAAACUUGGGAAUCUCUCCAAUUCAUUUGUAAAAGAAAUAUAAUAGCUCCAGUCGAUGAAAAACUGCUGUUUUUUCUUGUUCCAUUAUCACCUCAAGAAAGGGUGAAGUUGGCCAAAAACAGGGAGAAGUGUGAGAAAUUGUUGAACUUAUCCAAAGAUAUGACCGUUGCAGUUUCACUCAGUGAUGAUGUUGUUCUUGGGGUUAUAAAAUAUAUUGGCCUUGUCAAAGGAAUAGGUAAAUGUGUUGGAGUACAGCUGCAUGAGAAAAGGGACCAAAACAAGUGCGAUGGAUCGUGCUCAGGCAUUCCAUACUUUAGUUGUUCACCUGGCAAAGGUUAUUUUGCUACCAUAGAAAAAAUAAACCCCAUAAACAUAACUGCAUUCAAAGAAGUACCGAAAAAAACGGAUUCACAAGAUUCUCUAGAAAGGAAAAUCAUAUCUAAUAUAUUCCUACGAGAUAAAGAACUAGAAAUUCCUCCGAAAAAUGAGGAGAUAAUAACGAAAUAUGGAGAAUACACGAACAUGUCCAAUAAGAGUACUACAUAUAUACGGAAUUCCUUCUCUUUACAAAAUAUAUUGGACGUCGAUAAGUCGACCAACUCAAAUAAUGAUUUUGACAAUAAUUCUAUGAUGCCAGCCGAUAAGACUUACUUGAUACACGAAGGUGAAUCGAAAAAAAAAUUCAGGAAUAAAUCGGAGUUGGAUCUGAUCGAUAUGCUCGGAAAUUCUUCGUAUGAUGAUCGAGAGAAAAACGGAGAAUACAGUGGCGUGCCUAAAAAGGGGAAUGUCGUGAAGAAUGACGUAGAAGGAACUAAAUAUGGUAAAAUUAGAAGUUCAGGAGCAGGUACGCACUCUUUAGAGAAUGGAUCGUCUUCAACAAUGAAAAAAAAAGUUGGUAAUGAUUCACGAAAUACAAUGGUAAAUAAAAAGAUAAACGAGAAAAGUGAUACUCUAGCGAGGGCUUGUACGUCGAGGAACUGUGAUAAACCCAAAUAUACGGAACCCCAAAAGGGCACCACUAACGAUCUAACGCUUGGGACUCUUGUCGAAAUCUCCAAUGAUGUAACCGAGGAGCCACUGUACGGGGUGAUCAGAUGGUUGGGCGUAGAGAAUGGAACUAACUUCAUCUUGGUCGGCGUUGAAUUGGAGAACGAUCCUGAAAGCUUACCUUUAGAACUGACAGAUGGUACCCACAAUGGAUACAGACUUUUCAACUGUUCGGAGAAGAGAGCUCUGUUUGUUCCUAUCCAACAGUGCCACAAGGACUCUAGGUUUCAGGACGGAUUGCCCACUCCUGUUCAUCAACCGACAGACAAUUUGAUGGACAAUAGAGAUUGUACUAUUAUUAGAGGAUGUGUAGCACCUUUGUGCAUGCCCACAGAAGAAGAUGUAGUGGCCGUUUGUGGGAAAUACAAGGGCAUUCAAGGACAUCAUAAUUCUUGUUAUUUGGAUGUCACUCUAUUUUCAAUGUUUACUUUUACUGGAGUGUUCGACAGUCUUCUUUUCCGACCAAAGGGGCCUAAUGAUAUUCCUGAUUAUGAAGAGGUUCAACGUGUGCUUAGAGAGGAAGUAGUGAACCCUCUGAGAAAAAACCUAUACGUCAGCGCGGGACACGUGAUGAACCUUAGAAAACUUUUGGAUCGCUUAAGUUCUGUUUCUGGAUUGACAAGCGAAGAGAAAGAUCCGGAAGAAUUCCUCAACUCCCUUUUAGCCCAGAUACUUAAAGCGGAACCAUUCUUGAAAUUGAAUUCAGGUCAAGAGGCUUUUCACUACCAGUUGUUUGUGGAAAAAGAUGCACAGCUUACUCUGCCUACUGUUCAACAACUCUUCGAGCAAAGUUUUCUCACCAGCAAUAUAAAACUAAAAGAAGUACCUUCCUGCUUGAUACUUCAGAUGCCAAGGUUUGGGAAGAACUACAAGAUGUAUCCAAGGAUUUUGCCUUCACAAUUGUUGGAUGUUACGGAUGUCAUCGAAGAGUCACCCAGACAGUGUAUAGUUUGUGGGAAAGUAGCUCGCUAUGAGUGUAGGCAAUGUUUCGAUUUCAAUAAUGCUGGUCUAGCAAGCACUGCAUUCUGCGAGGUAUGUCUCAAAACGGCUCAUAAACAUGAGAAACGAAUGCAUCACCUACCGGAACCCUUGGAUGUAUCCUACGACUACACCAUUAUUGAAAACCAUGUGAAACCCCCUAGACUUUUUAUGGAGCUUUUUGCUGUCAUUUGUAUAGAAACAUCGCAUUAUGUUACGUUUGUUAAAUGUGGUAUUGGCCACGAGGCGCCUUGGUGUUUCUUCGAUUCUAUGGCGGACAGAAAAGGAGAAAGAAACGGAUACAACAUUCCAGAGAUGGUUGCAUGUCCAGACAUCUCUAGAUGGUUAUCAGAUGAAGGAGUCUGCAGGGAACUUCACGAAGAGUACCCGAAUGACAAGUUCCUACCAGAGCAUGCUCGCCGACUUUUGUGCGAUGCUUAUAUUUGUAUGUACCAAAGUUCGGAUGUUAUGAUGUACAGAUGAAUUAUUUUAGUAUAUUCUGCUAUAUGUACAGCAGGGAAAUUGUUUCGAUGACAUUCUACACAUAUAUAGUUAUUUUGAACUCUUUUGCAUGUUUGAUGGUUAUAUUUUUCUGGUGGAAAUUAAUUGCUGUUGAUUCUUGAAGCUAAUUAAAACGUUAAAUAUGAAAAUUUUAUUGAUAAAGAUUAUCUGAGAUCCUAUACCGGGUAUUUUAUGAAAACGGAGAAUUCAAUAGAUCCUAUUCACUACAAUUUUGCUCGAAUAAUUUUUCAUUUCAGAACCAAAUUAAUUUUGUAAAAAUGUUUUAGUCUUAUAUCAUAAAUGUAGUUUUCUUUCUUUUUCUUUUAAUAAAACUUCUCCUAACAAAUCCAUAAUAUUGAUCUAUUGAAUAUUAUGAAUCGAUUCAAUUACUAUUACACUUGAAAUUAUAUCCAUGUUGCAGAAAAGAAUAAUUUUGUUGAUAUGAGAAAGUAUUACCUUUUAAAUCUAGUUAGAGAAUUUAUUGCUUGUUACUUAUCACUUGAAAUAUUUAUUUAAUUUUAUUUGUUAGAUAAUUUAAUUAUAAAAAUCUUAACUUAUAUGAAAGGGCAAAUAUUCUGUAAAUUAUGCUUUUAAGUUUGCAAUUGAAUGUUGUUCUUUUGUAAAUAAAAAAUAUAUGUUUCCCAUAUG